AUGCAUGGUCUUCUCUACGCACUGCUGCUGCUCUGCUGUUUCAGUGUGGCGCACGCCUUCUGCCCAUCCCAAUGCACAUGCACAUACCAUGGAAAGGCUGACGGCACAGGGACCAGAUCUGUGCUGUGCAACGAUGCAGACACGGCCGACGUCCCGCUGAAUGUCCCGGUGGACACAGUCAAGCUUCGAGUGGAGAAGACAGCGAUCCGCCGGAUCCCAGCUGAGGCCUUCUACUACCUGGUGGACCUACGGUACCUGUGGGUGACCUACAAUGCCGUGGUGAGCAUGGACAGCAGGAGCUUGUACAACCUGAAGAGCUUGCAUGAGCUGCGCCUGGACGGGAACCUGCUGACCAGCUUUCCCUGGGAGUCACUGCGGGAGACCCCUGCACUGCGCACGCUCGACCUGCACAACAACCGCCUCUCCAUUGUGCCUGUCGAGGCCGCCCGCUACCUGCUCAACAUCACAUACCUGGACCUCUCCAGCAACAAGCUGACCUCGUUGCCCUCUGACCUCAUGGACAUCUGGCCACCCUUCUCUGGCCUUGUCAGGGCCAACAACUCCUCCACCAAAGUGGUGUUAGGUCUUCAAGAUAACCCCUGGAUCUGUGACUGCCAGAUCUCAAAGCUGGUGGAGCUCUCUAAGAUGGUGAACAUGCCUGUGGCACUGUUGGAUCCUGUCCUGGUAUGCAGUGGGCCGGAGAACCUGGUGGGUGUGGCCUUCCAGCGGGCAGAGCUGGACCAAUGCAUCAAGCCAUCUGUGAUGACUUCAGCUACUAAGAUCACUUCUCCAUUGGGCAGCAAUGUGCUCAUGCGCUGCGAUACCACUGGCUAUCCUACGCCAACCCUCCUAUGGACCAGGCGUAACGGCUUGCCAGUCACCAACACAGUUGUUCAGGAGUCUCCAGGAGAGGGCAUGCGGUGGUCCAUCCUCAGCCUGAAUGGGAUCUUGUAUAAGGACACUGGGGAGUACCGCUGCAGGGCCAAGAAUGUGGCGGGCACAUCAGAGGCCUCCAUCACCUUGGCUGUGGCGGGCAUGACCACUACUGUGCUCCCAACCAGUGGCGAGACAGGAACCACUAGCCAGGUCACGACUGAGCCUUUGCCAGGGACCAGCGUCACUACCACUGCUGCGGUCACAGUGCCCACCACGCCCACCACGCCCACCGUCACUCUAGGGGCCACACAGCUAACACUGGCUGCUGACAGGAAACUGCCAUUUCCCAUCAGCCAGCAGAGGGUGCUGCCCCUGGGGAACCAGACGAACCAAGGGCAGAAGGCAAGCGCCAACAAGAGGCCUCCACCAGAUGUGAAGAGUGGGCGACCGGUCAACACUACAUCAUCCAAUGACCAGAAACCGACCAUCAAAGACAUCCAGGUAGCAGAGGAGACUACCGACAGCGUUCUGCUGCUUUGGAAAACCGAUGGGAUCGAGGGCAAUGUGCCGCUGAUCGUGGUGUACUCUCCAUAUGAAGAGAAGGACAAGCAGACCAUUACCACAGAGGUGGGAAAAGGCCAGGUAGUCGUGGAGGGCCUGAAGCCCAAUACAAAAUACAUGGCUUGCCUCAUUGCCAAAGGCUCCCAGGCUCGCCGGGACCAGUGCAUCACCUUUUUCACCCUGGAGGAGGAUAGCGAGGACGAGAACCAGCUGCUCAUGAUAGCAAGUGGAAUCGCGUGUGCCCUGGCUUUGCCCAUCAUCGCCCUCCUCCUCUACAAGAUCUUGAACCUUUGCUGCAAGAAGGAGAGGAGCCUGGGGGAGGAGGAGCUCUCUAAGGAGACUUACGUGAAAUUUGAGACACUGACCCUGAAGCAGAGGACUGCGGGUGAACAAGCUAAUGAGCUGUGGGCCCGGCGGGAGACACAGGAGUCAGAAAGAAUGCUUUUGUGCUCCAGGUCCAGCAUUGACUCUCAGGUUACCUACAAGAGUGAUGGUUCCAGAUCGGAGUUUCUGUGCUAG